AUGGUUGUUUCCUGUCUCUCGGCAUCAGCUCAGCCGAUUGUCUGGAGGCUCGUCCGCCUGCACACAGCGGUCAUGAUGUGCUUUGUGGUUGGUGUGCUCUUCAACACUGCUUCUGCAACGCCAGAUCAAACCUUUUUCGAAGACGGGGGAUCUUUGUUGCACUUCGAUGACAUUGACACCUCGACUGGCUGGGGCAUCCUCACAGAACCCUAUCAUGGCUUGAUCUUUGAAGGCUUCUACCCCUUCAAACCAAGCCAUCCAAGAUUUGAAGGCUUGAUAUCUGAACACGAUCUCAAUUGUGCCGUGUCAAAGCCAAAUGCACUCCAUGGCUCACGGUACAACAUUGACUCGAGCAUCAGGCCUAUGCAUGGACACGAGGAACCCACACGGCUUCCUUCGAUCACCUCGAAUGACGGGGACACCUCAUUGAAUCUUUAUUCUUUCAGCGUAAAGCCGCUAAACUUCCCCAUCAAUUCCGUUACAUUCAACCUGCGCGGCACCGUGGCUGUUGGGCCAGCUUCUCCAUCUGAUGGAGCAAUAAAGUCUGACUUGAUCUGGAGGGUUGAUUUUCCAGCUGGUUACCAUGAAGUCCUAAAUGUCUCUCUACGAGACUACAGUCAUCGUCGAUGGAACAACCUGUCUCGAAUAGAGCUCUGGGCCGAUUUCAAUAACGCCGACAUCACUAUGGACUGGGAAUUUUGUAUAGAUGAUCUGGAACUCGAUUUCAAUAGACCUUGA